AUGCUCACAGGACAAGCAGCACUGGAAGAGAAAUCACCAGAGCCCUCCACGAAGCCCCUGAUGGGACAGAUUGGAUUUAAGAACAACAGUAUCAACAAAGAGCAUUUUCAGGAAAAGAAGCUCUUCAAUGGGCCCACCUAUCUGGACAUCGAGGUCCUGGAGACUGAAACAGUGCAGACCACCAGGGCAUUGCUCAUUUCUCCAGCUCGGAACCGCUGUUAUAGCUGGGGUCUACUCUGGCCCGUGUCUGCCUCCUUCUUGAAUAGCCCAGAGAAUUCGUCUAAACAGUCUUCCUACAGCAGCUGCCCACUCCAGGUGGUCAAACUGGAAUUCCAGACCAGUGUUGUCUCCUGGCACAUUGACAUAGCAGCCAAGGUGAUUGGUGCUGGGGCAGCCACAGUUGGUGUGGCUGGUUCAGGGGCUGGCAUUGGAAUGGUGUUUGGCAGCUUGGUCAUUGCUUAUGCCAGGUACCUAUCUCUCAAGCAGCAGCUCUUCUCCUGUGCCAUUCUGGGCUUUGCCUUGUCUGAGGCCAUGGGGCUCUUCUGUCGAAUGGUUGCCUUCCUCAUCCUCUUUGCCAUGUGAGGCUCCGUGGGGGUCACCUGCCUGUGCGUGCUGCUGUGACUCCAUGCCAUUCCUGGUUCUGCAGUGUGCUAAGCUUUACCAUUAAACACAACGUUUCUCUAAAAAAA